CCUCCCAAACGCCCCAACCUUCCCGCCGCGGUUUCACGGAACGAACGAGGAGGACCGCUUCCUACCAACGGCCACAACUGGAACCGGACAGGCUCCGGUUCCUCCAACUAGAUGAGUGGGAUGAGCAUAAUAGCUAUGGAGAGGAUGUGCCGAUCUGCCUCAACUACUCGAUCGAAUGGAAGGUCUUCCUUAAUAAUAAGGUAGUACACCAGGAUAUAGAGCAAGACGUUGUUCUCAUUCCUAUCGGAUAUUGGCAUACAAUUCUUAGACCUAAGCUUGGACGGCUUCUAGAGAGGAAGUUUGGGCCGGACCGGCAGGUGCGAUGUGAUGACACUAAUGUCACACUUUCAGUAACAGGCCGUACGCAACGUGACCUGGUCAAGAGCUUCGAGGAUCUGAACAUUGAUUGGCCUAUUAUAUCAAAACAACUCGAGGAGUGGGGCGAAAAGCUUCGUUCUGGGAAGAAGCUUCGAGUUGAAUUAUCUUCCAAUUACGUGGACUCGCAUUUGAAUGCUACCCCUACACAGCGUGGAAAGCAGCGUGGCACUGCCACGCAAAGGAUGCUCAGUGACCGAGCAAUGCAGCUUGAUGCAGAACAGACUGCUACUGGAAAUCCCUCGGCUUGGCAAGAAGUAUAUGCGUUAACGCGAUGUCAGGCCCACCGUGCGACCUCGGACCUCAUUGCUGGCGCGACUCUUAUGGCAAGAAGCACUAUAAACUGGGGACCAAUCAUCUUAGGGCCCUAGUCGAAUUUGUAGAGCAAGGCAACACCCUAAGAGACCAUGACGACGUCCCCGAUAGAAUUCGUGAGCAAUUGUAGAGGAACGCCAACGAACUGGAGCGACACGCUAAAAGUAACAUAACAUCCACCCCAAACUAUCCCCCCAUUACCAUCACCAAUGUCUUACCUCAAUCCCACCACUCACCCUUAGUGAACGCCUUAGACACAGUAGGCGCGACACAAGCACCCAUGGCGCGUGCUUCAAGCCAUCUUGAUAUCCCAGGCUCGCGAGAUCGAGCUGUGCGGUGUAUAGUGAAUGGCAACAAUCGGAAGUCGAUGAUGAUGUGCUUAAAGAGGAAUCCCAGAGAGCUUGUGAAGUUGCGUUACAAGAUGGGCUGGACUUAAAGCAAAUUCACGAAGAUCAGGACCCUACUUUCUUCAUCAAGAAUGGGGUCAACCGAGGAGUUGCUCGACCAUUUGUUAGCGACAUUGAAAGCUGGGCAAAGCGAUACAAG